GCGCAGGACAGCAGUGACGUAGCAGCCUACUCAGUCCAGCACGCCGUAGCUCAGGACUCCAGGAUGGCAGAGCGAGUUUCUCCAGGAAAGUCAGCGGACCAGGUGUGUACCUUCCUCUUCAAAAAGCCCGGGCGGAAAGGGAAUGCGAGUCGCCGGAAGCGCCCUGCGUGCGACCCUGACUCGGGAGAAAGCGGAAGCAGUAGCGACGAAGCCAGUUCGGUGGUGCGACCCGAGAAGAGGCGGGCGACCCACAACCCUAUGAUCCAGAAGACUCGCGGCAGCGGUAAACAGAAGGCGGUCUACUGCGACUUGAGCAGCGACGAGGAGAAGGAGGAGAAUGAGAGUCUGGGCGUGGUCUACAAGUCCACCCGCUCGGCGAAACCCGUGGGCCCCGAGGAUAUGGGGGCGACAGCGGUCUACGAGCUGGACACCGAGAAGGAGCGAGACGCACAGGCCAUCUUUGAGCGCAGCCAGAAAAUCCAGGAGGAGCUGAGAGGCAAGGAGGAUGACAAGAUCUAUCGGGGAAUCAAUAAUUAUCAGAAAUACAUGAAGCCCAAGGAUACAUCCAUGGGCAAUGCCUCUUCCGGGAUGGUGAGGAAGGGCCCCAUCCGAGCUCCCGAGCAUCUGCGAGCCACUGUGCGCUGGGAUUACCAGCCAGACAUCUGUAAGGACUAUAAGGAGACUGGAUUCUGUGGUUUCGGAGACAGUUGUAAAUUCCUCCACGACCGUUCAGAUUACAAGCACGGAUGGCAGAUAGAACGUGAGCUUGAUGAGGGCCGCUAUGGUGUCUAUGAGGACGAAAACUACGAGGUGGAAAGUGAUGAUGAGGAAAUACCAUUCAAGUGUUUCAUCUGUCGCCAAACCUUCCAAAAUCCGGUUGUCACCAAGUGUAAGCAUUAUUUCUGUGAGAGCUGUGCCCUGCAGCAUUUCCGCACCACUCCACGCUGCUAUGUCUGUGACCAGCAGACCAAUGGAGUCUUCAAUCCUGCAAAAGAAUUGAUUGCUAAACUGGAGAAGUACCGAGCACCAGAAGGUGGUACUUCCAACACCCCAGAAGACCCCGAUGGGGUCUAAUUGCCAUUACUUAGUUUUUCUAUAAUUGCUAAAUCUCAAAGUACUUUUUGUUUUGGGCACCUUCACAAACCAAAAGAAAAACAACCAUAAUCUAAAGAAUAUGUUUUCUAGGAAGAAUAUCCCGGUUUGUUUUAUAUGAAAAUGCUGCAAAUUGAAUCAAUACAGUUAAUGUUUCUGGAACUCUAAGUAUCCUAUGUAUAAGUAUACAUUCGUAAUAAAAAUAAAUUAAGAACUAGUUUGUA